AUGUUCGUUUGUGCUUCCUUCCAACGACAUAGUAGUGCUCUCCAGUUGAUCUAUUGUCUGUUGGCAACUGUUUCACCCACGAACUCGGGCUACCUGAAGAAGUUCUCUGAGCAAGGGAAAACCUCAAUUCAUGAACAUGGCUCUUUCAGAGAAGAGUUACACGCCGCUUUGUUGACAUGGCCCACUCCCAGCGUUUCGGCAAUCAAUUUGGGAAAUUCAUGGAACGAGUCAGUACAAGAUCACUUCAAUCGUUUCCUGGGGCGACCGGCAUGGCCGGGAUUCGCAGUCAAUGAUCCUGCUCCAGCUCCCGGCUUGCAAAGAAUGUUACUUGGAUCAGAAAACAAUACAAGCCAAGACGUUGAAGAACCAAUUUCGUCUUCUUCCAACCCACACGAUACUUGGGUGCAAGAUCGUAAUCCUUCUAUUGCAUCUGAAGCCAAUAAUGAAAGUCACAAGCAGCAAUUGGAUUCAGACCAAACACCGAAAGCCUAUGGUAAUUUGAAUACCAGGGUGGUCCGCACAAUCCACCAAGCCAGUGCUAUCAAUCAAGCUGCAACAGUUGACCAGCCUUGUGGCAGCCAGGUACCUUUGAGUCACCCAGGGGAUGACAAGACAGCUACCCGGUUGUCUUUAAACUCAAAGCAGAGCCCGGCAACGGAAUUUCUUAGUCAACAGGAGUCCCAAGCAGAUAUCGAACUUCCUGACCAAUCUUUUGUAGACGGGUAUCGUAUGAUACAACUUCUCAAAAACCGUUACGACAGAUUUCGUGAAAAGAUAAGUUCCGAAUUCUCGAUAAGGAGACAGAGCGCCACGAAAAAAUGGAUCCCUCAUCCAGCUUUGAAAAUCGCGCUAUAUUCGGGAAGAAGGUUUCCUGUGGUAGUGCGAGUUCUAAAUGCUGCCAACAAUAGGGCUCACACUGGCCAUACCUUAGGUCCGAAAUACUACGAUUUGAUCAGAUGGCUGUAUGCACUCCAUGAAGAAUGGCUGAAGAGCUGGAAUAUGCCAACAUACUUGUACAGGCUGUGGCAAGAAAGGCUUCUGGACUGGCUGGACUUUCAAAUAUCUGGAUCAGAUGAUCAGAAUUGUCCAAUCAUCGGGAUCAGAUGCUCAUCACUUCUCCAAUGGACAGAAGAGGACAAAUUCCGCAAUACCCAGGUCCUAUUAAUAGACUACUUCCACCAGCUUGAACAAAAAAAUGCAGGGAUCACUGCUGCUUACCUGUUGGAAAAUUUCAAAGCUAACAAUCCUAGUGAGUUUUAA